CAUAGCCCCUUUUCUUCUCGUAUUUAUCACAGGGAAAAGGGUUCAGCGUCAAGAUCAGCACAGUGGCCGCUCAUCUCUGAUUGGGAGAUUAACAAAUACGUUAUCACCUAGCAGUAAAAUGUUUGAGCUCACUCGAAGAGUGAAAACCUCUCUCGAUCAGCGCAAGGUAAUUGGUACUUGCCAGUAGCAUAAACAAAUUUAUCGGCUGUGUAUUGAUUUCAUCAAUUUAAUUUUAUUGGUGGAAGGCAUCGAUCUAGAAGGUAUAUGUAUGUAAGAAAAAGUACGGACAACAUCUGUGAUGUUCCUCUUAGCGGGACACAAGCAAAACGACGGAUGUCGAUAUUGCCAAAUCACAAACUAAUUCAAUUUUCCUAGAUUGUGUUAAUGCAGAAAAGUUGGUUUUGGGAAGGAAGUACAUCUGUGUAACUAAUCUGGUACUUAAGAAUUAGGAGAGGAGAUUCAAAAUGGAUGAAAAACAACAGAAAAUCACUGUGUAUGUCAUGCAGAGCAUCUUCAGCGUGAUCGGAACCAUCGGAAAUUCCUUGGUGUUGUACAUUUAUCUCAGAAAAAAGGACAAGUCAACAUCGAGUAUAUUCAUCUUAGCCCUGGCGGGGGCAGACUUUUUCACGUGCCUUGUGAUAGUUCCCUUCAAUAUAAUCACUUUAUAUCUGGACUACAAACACGGCUACGACUUGAUGUGUCGGCUGUAUAUGUUCUUGAUAACAGGUGGUGUGCCAUUUGCCACCCUCAUCAUGGUGGCGAUUGCCUUUGAUAGAUACUUCUGUAUAUGUCAUCCUUUCCUUCAUGUGAUUACAAUAUUUCGAGCGAAACUGAUCAUUCUUAUUUUGCUCAGCUUUGCUGGAAUCCUUGGAAUCAUGGUAGCACUAAUGUACGGAAUUAAUGACAUUAUAUCGGAUCCCAGUUCCCAAUCAAAUAACUCCUGCUACUCCAACACAUCCUCUUCAUACCAACAAGUGACAUGUAAUUCAACAAUUUAUAACGCCAACAUGUCCUCCAAUUUAUCAGACGAUUUAAUCAAUCAUAGCUAUGGGAUGUGUUCGCCAAAUUAUGAUAUAUUCAAUGAAGAUUUUGUUUUACUUUUCUCCAAAAUCCAUGCUGUGCUAUACCUUCUCAUGUUCAUAUUCGUCGUUGUGUUGUAUUCUUUGAUCUAUCGGGAAAUACACGUAAGACGGGCAAGAAAAGCCAAAAGGAAGCGGUCUAGUCUAUAUCCAAGUCAGAGCUGUGCCCCCGAGGCUUCGCUGGGCGACACCCAUAUGACACUAAUGCCCGGGCCCAUGUCGGACGGAAACGCAGACGAACCAACUAAGAACGGUCACUCCUCAAAACGACGAAAAAUAGGCGCAACUCUAAAAGAAAAGCAAUUUUAUGCCAACAUUCGAACUGCUGCCAUGUUGUUCAUUGUCACUAUUGUUUUCUUGGUCGCUUUUUUACCAGCCCUGCUAAUGACCCAAGAACUCAUACCGUACAAUAUUGUGAUUUUCUACACUUAUUUUGUAUACCACACGGCAAAUCCAGUUAUAUAUUCUUUUAUGAAUCAAUCGUUUCGGAUAGAAUUGAAAAAUAUGUACAGUAAGAUGUGCAACGGAAGUCGUAAACAUUAAUGUAUGACUGAUUUAUUCAUUUAUUUAAUUAAUUAUUUCUAUUAUCAAAACGAGUCCUUGUUUUAGAGUUCAUAAUUACAAAGUUUUAAGAUUUUAUGUAGUAUUAGAAUUGCUGGGUUUUUUUUCGCCAAUUGCCAUAACACUGUCUGCAGUGCCUUAAGUUAAAGGUGAAAUGGAGAUAUGUUUGUCAAGUAGUAUUAAAUGUCCGUGCAUUGUUUCUUAUUGAUUAUAACGAAUUUUUUUUUUAGGGAAAUGUAAACAUUUUUCCUUAGAAAAUAAAAAUGUGCGGGGUACAAUGUAUUUACGUUUUGAAAUAUGAGUUUGAGAAUGUAUUAUUUUUGUUUGAUGUCCUUUAUUCAAGUACCGAGUUAAAACAAGAAUUCACGCAUGUCAACAACUUUUGAAUGGGCUUCUUUGGCAAAUACUGAAAUCAAAUAUUAGUUUACAAACUUUUAAGUAUGCCGGUUAGCUUCUGGGGAUGAUUUUAUAUUGAUUUAUUGAACGUUAAUAUGUCUGAACAUUCAUAUCAAAAUAAUUUUCCUACACAAUUCUUUCGUAAAGAAAGUAACCCCAACGAAAUACUGUGUUGAUUUUAAAUAGCCUAGACAUGUCGAUAACCUCAAUGACCGCAACUUUAAUAGAGAUUUGAUAUACAUGUACAAUACAUGUCAUUUGUAUUCACUUACGAAAGUGUGUAUAACGGGAGGUAACCUCGGUUACAAGACAUGUGAGUGUAGAAACUUCCACGUACUUUAUCAAGAAACCCAAUUAUAAAUGUUUUUUUAGCUUAUAAUAAAAUUGUGGACAACUC